AUGGCUAUCUCUUCCCAUUCAUCUUCAUUAACAUCUUAUGUUUCUUCUUCUGUUACAUUUGAUGUCUGUCCCCAUCUUGCCCUAGGUUCUUGUUCAUGUUUCACACAACUCACCAAAAAGAGGAAACGUGGACACCAAGAAACCAAAAAGAUCAACAAUGCUUCUUCAUCUGUGUUGGAUAUGUGCUUAUAUCCCAAAACAGUUGCUUGUCUCCAUCUAUCUCUCGGUGUUUGUACUUGUCUCGCUGACACACAAAAACGUGUUCACCAAGAAACCAAUGUUUCAACAACCAACAACACAUGCAAGGCCCUUGCUGUUGAAACCAAUGUUGGUGAUCCAUGGACGAUCAAGAAGGUGCUAACAAAGAGUGAUCUUGAUGAUAAUUGCAGGCUUUUGUUAAAUAAAGACUUGGCUAAGAAAUGGGUGGUUCCUGUGGUGGAUAAAGCUAAAGCCGAGAAUGACGGAGUCGAAGUCGAAGUGUUUGAUGUUGACACUGGCUUUCCCCUUUCUCUUUCUUUCAAGAUACGACCUUCCAAUGACAGUCAUGUCUUCAACAAGACAUGGAUCACAGAUUUUGUAGGCAGAAGAAGCUUAAAGAAAGGAGAUGAGAUUGGACUCAAAUGGAAUGAAAACAGGAAAAGAUUUGAUUUUUCUGUUCUUCAUCGAUCUUAUUGA